CAUACACACCAUAGGCGGUGCGAGCAUUCCACACGUGGGUUUUAUGCUCUUUGUCCUUGUUCAUCUUCUUCACCCACUUAAACAUAAAUAAACAAUAUUAAUUUAAUUGCUGUUAUACUCCGACUCAAAGCCCUGAGACUGUACUUCUAAUCUGAUGGGUUGAAGAUGGAGCGAGACAGUAAUUCUGAUGAUGACGUGGGCUUUCUGUUGAACGAUGGUGGGCCCUUCCCCUUUCCACUCAAUAGCUUGUUGGAACCAGCACCUUGUGGCCUUGUUGUUACCGAUGCUCUGGAGCCGGAUAAUCCGAUUAUAUAUGUUAAUUCCGUGUUUGAAAUGGUCACUGGUUAUUCAGCUCAAGAUGUUCUCGCUCGUAAUUGUCGUUUUUUGCAAUGUAGAGGUCCAUAUGCGAAAAGAAGGCAUCCUCUGGUGGACGCUUCAGUUGUGUCAGAGAUGAAAAGAUGUCUUGAAGAAGGGAUUGAGUUCCAGGGUGAAUUGCUGAACUUUAGAAAGGAUGGAUCCCCAAUUAUGAAUCGAUUACGUCUGAUUCCUAUAUAUGGAGAUGAUGAAACCAUAACACAUAUAAUUGGGAUCCAGUUCUUUAGCGAAGCAAAUGUAGACCUGGGCCCACUUAGGUCUUCAAUGAAGGAAGCUGCUAGUGCACAAGAUCGUUUUCAUUUUAGUCUUUCUUCUAAUUCUCUAGUUCAAGAUCAAAGCAGAAAUAUUCAAAAAGGCCUUUGUGGGAUACUGCACUUGAGUGACGAAGUCUUGUCUCAUAAUAUUCUUUCACGUUUGACCCCAAGAGAUAUUGCAUCUGUUAGUUCCGUCAGCAGGCGACUUUAUGAGGUAACAAAAACUGAAGAUCUUUGGAGAAUGGUCUGUCAAAAUGAAUGGGGCUGUGAAACAAUUAGGGUGAUGGAGGCAGUUCCCGGGGAUAAAAGACUAGGCUGGGGUAGACUGGCAAAGGAGCUAACCACUCUUGAAUCUGCAGCAUGGAAGAAAUUAACUGUUGGAGGAACGGUUGAACCAUCGCGUUGCAACUUCAGUGCAUGUGCAGUUGGGAACCGUGUGUUUCUUUUUGGUGGAGAGGGGGUCAACAUGCAGCCAAUGGAUGAUACGUUCGUAUUAGAUUUGAAUUGCAACAAUCCUGAGUGGCAACAUGUUAAAGUGGGAUCUUCACCUCCUGGGCGUUGGGGUCACACACUUUCUUGCAUGAAUGGAUCUAAUUUAGUUGUUUUUGGAGGUUGUGGACAACAGGGAUUACUCAAUGAUGUCUUUGUUUUGGACUUGGAUGCCAAGCAUCCAACAUGGCGUGAGAUCUCUGGUUUGGCUCCUCCCCUUCCAAGGUCUUGGCAUAGCUCCUGCAUUCUUGAUGGGAGCAAAUUGAUUGUUUCUGGUGGUUGCACAGAUUCUGGUGUACUUCUUAGUGACACUUUUCUGCUAGACCUUUCUACUGAGAGGCCAAUUUGGAGAGAGAUACCAGCAGCAUGGACCCCACCUUCUCGACUUGGUCACACUCUCUCUGUUUAUGGGGGCAGGAAAAUCUUGAUGUUUGGUGGUCUUGCCAAGAGUGGCCCCCUGCGGUUUCGUUCAAGUGAUGUAUAUACAAUGGAUUUGGGUGAAGAUGAACCUUGUUGGACAAGUGUGACUGGGAGUGAAAUGCCGGGUGCUGGAAAUCCAGGAGGAUUAGCUCCUCCGCCAAGGCUAGAUCAUGUAGCUGUUAGCCUCCCUGGUGGCAAGAUUCUGAUCUUUGGUGGUUCCGUGGCAGGUCUUCAUUCAACCUCACUAGUUUAUAUCCUAGAUCUGAAGGAAGAGAAACCUACAUGGAGGAUAUUAGAUGUACCUGGCCGCCCUCCAAGAUUUGCGUGGGGACAUAGUACCUGUGUUGUUGGAGGAACAAGAGCAAUAGUCCUUGGAGGUCAAACUGGUGAGGAGUGGAUGCUCGGUGAUCUUCAUGAGUUGUCUUUUGCAGGUUCUCCUGUUUGACUGCAUCGAGAAGUAUUAUGCUGCGAUGAAAACAAAAUUUUGCUUUUGUGAUGAUCGCUUAAGAGCAAGAAAGUAAUACAUUGCAUCAAUGAGACAGACUAGGAUUAUGGCUGUGGUGAUUACUCUUCUCCGGCAUGUGUUCGAAUCUGGCCCUGGUUGAGUUCUGACAAUAUCUGGCUGAUGAUGUAAUUCGGGAUGACUUUAUGAGAUUUUUGCGAGACUGUCUGUGAACCUUUGUAGCUUAGAAUGGAGUUGUCUAUGUAAUGCACUUUCUUGUAGCUUAGGAGUAUGGUAUCGAUGGAUGGGGUAGGUAUCCUAUACCUUCCAAAAUGCAUGUCAUUCUGUCGUUGACGAUGAUAUGGUCUUGUGCUUGAAUCUGAUGGUUAAUUGUUGUAGUAAAAGAAUCUGGAAUGUCAUCAGACAUAAAUGCAAGAUUUUUACUUUAAAGGAUAA